AUGUCCGUGACGGAGACGACCACCGACAAUGGCAAGCCUGGCCAGAAGAAGCCCGGAUUGAAUCUAUCGGCGGAAGAUGUUGAGGAGCUGCGACAACUGGACGCCGCUGUGAACCGCAUCCGCAAGCAGAUCCCCGAAACACCCUACAUCGUUACUGUCCCAUGCGCCGAACCUCGAUACCAUCAUCCAUCUCGGGAGAGGGCGGAGAGUUGGUGCAAAGAUACGCCGUUCACUCCGGACGAGGAGCGUCUACAAUACAUGAGCUUCAUGUAUCGUGAACCUGGAACAGACUGCUUCGUCUUGCGAACUGAAGUGGACGAAGAGAGAGACCGGAGACGAUUUUUUGGUGCCAACAGCGGCACAAGCACACCAAUGCAGAGCACAGGACCCAAGAAAAAGAUAAGCUUUGGGGCAUACAAGAACCGGAAAGCCAACGCAAGUCCCGCUAAGCUCGCUGGCAAUGAAGACGGAAUGGAGAACAAAGACCAGGCGCAGGUCAACGGCCACAAAGCGGAAACUCAGCUGCCUGCUCACGCCUCAAAGCUUGAAGUACUUCGUGGACAGAAGAGGCCCCUCGACGAAACAGCGGACAACAAGCCUUCUCACACAAAGUCUGAUGAAGAGAGCCCGCCGCCAGCUAAGAUACUGCGCCUCUCACCAUCGCCUCCUACGCAAAACAUCUCUGAUCCCUCCGCGCCGUCGCACUCGACCCCUCACGGCCUUCCGCCCAUGCUGUCUCCGACUGGCAUUCCUAACACGCAUGGCCUGCCACCACUACUGUCGCCCACCCUCCCUGCCAACAUCGAAGCUGAGCUGGAAAGAAUAGAUCAGGCUAAGAAGGCCGGUCGCACUGUGACACCGGUAUCGGACAAAAAGGUUCCUUCGUCCGCUCGUCCCGCAUUGGCGUCGGCCCAAAAUCUAAGUUCAGGCUCGAAGAGCAGCGGUACCGAUGCGCCCCAAAAAGGCGUGGCGAGAGUUGUGAAGAAGGAUGAUCCGCUGUCACCGUCAAUCAGGAAGAGCGAGGCUCAGAAGCAAUUGUCAACUCCCAACGUCAAACCGCUAUCACAACCAGCUGAAGCGAAACCUAAACGGCUCACAACCAAUGGCGACGUGGCUCGACCCUUGAAGCUCUCCCCAUCUCCGGCACCGCCAUCGCAAAAGGAGACUGUCGCUGAUAAGCUCAUCGUGAAGCUCAAGUACGGAAGGAAGAACAGGAUGUUGGUUAAGCAGAUCCUCAAGCUACCGCAAGGGAAGAUCAGGGCUCAGAACGCAAAAGAACAUGCGGAAGGGGACAAGCGCGAAGCGAAACCCCGCACGAAAGAGGCGGCAUCGGCGUCAUCAUCGCCAGCAGUAUCGCCCAAAGCUGUCGUCAGACCAAAGAAGACCGACACCCCAGCCCAGAAGGAGGGAGCCAAAUCUUCCAAAGACGCGCUGAAGAGAACCGCCGAGAAACCUGCAAGCGCGACUGCCCGCCUAGCAACAGGCGAGAAGCGACCACGACCGCACGACGAAGCUGCGACUGACGCGCCUGCUGCCAAGCGACACAAGCCGCCUUCCGCGCUUGAUCUUGAUAAGAAGACUUCUACUCCCGCCCAGCCCGCCAUCCUUUCACCAGCACUUUCCAAUCGGUCUAGCGCACAAAAGGCCCAGCACCUUGCAUCGCUCCAACAGCAUUCAUCCUUACAGCAUCUUACCCCCAAAAAAGACCACCGUAUCUCCCUGAUCCACUCCACCUCCAACGAAUCGCUCGACGUGACUACCACACCCAAGCAAGCAGCCGGCAACACCCCAUCCGCAUCCCAGCCGACCAGCAGCAACCCCGGCCCAACCUCUGCACCCAACGGCAGAGCAGCCGAAAUCCAGGCCCUCCUCUCCCGCUCCCGCAGCCUCAACGAGCUCGGCCGCCGCAUCAAACACGCCACGACCGCCAUCCUCUCCAAAACUUCACCCGCCUCCCCGCGCACCGCCGCCACCGCGACCAUGGACGCCGAGCGCAAACUCGCCGCCGUCACUUCCAUCGAGUGCAUACUGACCUACAUGCUUGCCUACCACUCCGCGGACCUGCAGAUGCGCGCGCAGGGCAAGCAGGCGGAUGUCGACGGGAACUGGGCGACGCUGAUCCCGCUGUGGCGGUUUUUUCGGAGCGCGACGGGCGAGUGGCCGGAGCUGGAUGCGCUGAGGCUGCGGCUGGGGGCUGUGAUCUGCGCAAGAGUCGUUGAGGCACUGACGCGGCGCGCCGGGGAGGCGGCGCGGGGAGAGCGCGCGGAAAGCUCGGGUCUGGCGCUCGGGGAGAGGGACCAAGAUGCGCUGAUCAGGCAUGCGGAGAUUAUGCUGGGAAGCCAGAGGGAGGCGGAUGCGAAGCUGGGGUUUGAGGACUUGAUGGCCGCGUUUCCGAAGGCGUGGGAGGGAAGAAUGAGGAAGGGCGAGGAGGUCAAGAAGAACAGCGCAGUCACGGAUUUCUCGGGCCCGUAUGCGCUGCCGCUUGAUGCUGUCACGCCGCCUGUCGUGGCUGUUCGCGCGGGGCUGGCGCUGCUGGAAGAGUGGUGCGAGAGGGAGAAGGUGGAGUGGGUGCGGCAGUUGAAGCUGGAGUGGGAGACUUGA